GUUUUCCCACCUCGUAAUUUUGAGGAAGGUCUAGAAAAUAUUUCUUGGUUUUGUCUAAGAGCACUUGUUGCUUAUGUUUGCUGUAUCCAAGAGCUGGACUAAUGUUUAUUUGAACAACCUGUUUCUGUUUGGUGCUGAUGUGGUUUUCUGUUCUGUUUUCUCUGAGUGUUUGUUUUGCUGCCAAUUUCUGAAGCACAUAAAGUAAUACAUCAGCUUUUAACUGACUGAUCCUGGUGAAAUGAAGUUGCAGUGCACUGGUAGCUGUAGGAAGGUGUUCUGGUGUUAGAACAGCUGCUUGGGAUGCUGUGGAGGAUAGUGCUCUCAGGGUUCCUGCUGUAAUGCUACAUCUUGGCUAAAAGUGAAACUUUUCACCUCUGCAUGUGCUUCUGGAAAGCAAAGGGAGGGUUAAAUCAUUCACAGUAGGCAUGAUGGGAUCUCACUGUGAUGAGGCAGAGGCAGUUGUGUCUUCCUUUCUUCACGUUCACUAUUUCAUCUUGGAUGACUGGUUGUGAAUUUCAGAUUCUCUUACAAUGACUUUAAAUUUCAUGUAGCAGAUGAAAGGCUUUGGAAACCCGAUAUUCCUCUAAAUAAAACUUUUUCCAUAAAUCUGGAGCAUGUUUGAAUCAAGCCACUCCACCAAGUUCAGUAGUUCCAUAAAAUUUUGGUGUAGUUAGAUAUCUUCCCAUGGUAUGUAGUGUGAUUUUAUAUGUUUAGUGCAUGUGAAUGGGCCAAAAUAAGUUCUGUUGUCUUUGACUUGUGCAUUUAAAAAUCUAUGCUGUUCAGGUGUUCAGCCGUGCCAAGUCUUGGUGUUUUAAUGUGAGACACUUGGUGUCCCUUCAUGAAUCAGUAACUGCUCUCUGUAAUGCCUGGUCUCUCUGCCUUUCAUCUUUUCUGCUUGUUUUACUCCUGUUUUCCCUUUUUCCCUGCUUCAGCAGUUUCCUCUGCUCUCCAUUUUUCUGCAGGUUUCCUCCUGCCCCGUUUCCCCAUGUUAUCAGGUUAAUUAGUGCUGUAGCUAUUUUUGACAUACAUUGCCAUCAGUAAGUGCUGGAGUUGACAUCUGGUUUCAGAGGAUAGUAUUUGUGUCUCACUGCAGCUUUAUGGUCUGUUCAUUCUGCUUAUUAUGAAAGGCACGAGUCUGGCAGUCUUCAUUUAAUCUGCAUUUCAGUAUUACUAACUGUAGAAAUGACAGAAGGUAAUCUUAAAAAUAUUUUUUUGUACAUAAGAAUUUUAUUAGCUGGUAAGAAAUUGAUGUCUUUCUGUAAAUACACCUUUUAAACAGGCUGCUGGGUGUAGCAGAUGUGUAAAUGUGCACCUGUUGAGUAGCUAAGCUGUCAAGUAAAAGUUCCUAUAAGGAGGGGGGACUGAACUAGAUCGUUUCAACAAACUGAAUGAGAAGAAUGGGGCAAGAUUUUUCUGCAAGGUGGCUGUUUGACAGGAAAACCAAGCUGUCAAGCAGUGGAUUUUCAUGUGUAUUGCAGGUAGAACUUGGCAGUGAUGUUUACAUCCAGUCAUCAGUUAACUCUAUGUUUUGUCUCAUCACAAGGAUAUAACACUGCACUUGAUAAUCUGUGGUUUUAACCUUGAAGUCUUUUUCCUUACGAAAGGGAAAGGAUGUCUGGAUUUCUGCUGUGAGGGAGAUGUUACCUGGAAAUGCUGCCUAAACACAAUACUAGAGUUGAAAAUAACAAUAAUCCUUUUUAAGCUGUUUAGAGUGUUAGGGAGAGUUGGGUAAUAAAUUGUCAGUGACAUUCUUUACGAGUCCCUGGAGCUUUGUAGAGCUGUGAUAGCCUGAUAAAGUAGAGCAUCUGAUUCUUCAACAGAAGAAAUUAAAAUGACCUGGCUUAAUUGAUUUUCUAUUUAUGUACUGGAGGCUGCUUUCUGGCGAAGAAGUUUUGCUGUGUUCUCUUAAGGGGAUGGCAGGGAAGGAGCAUUAAAAUUAACGGAAGUGAAUCCUCAUCUCAAAGCUUACGCUGGCUAAGACCUGUUUAGAUGUAUUUGUAGGGGUGUGCUGGUUCUGGCACCAUGGCAAGGGGGUUCUUGUUUUUGCUAGUCUUGCAGAAAGACUGCUCAAUUAUUAUUUUUUCCUAGUGCUUCUAGCAUUAUAUUGACAACUCGUUCCUUUACUGAUUUAUCUUGCUGUAAUUCCGGAUUAUCAUUGGCACACAAAGUUUCACUGAGCAAAACUUUGAUUCUUGUGUGGAAAUGUGCAUUUAGUGCUGGUGUGAGAUUUGUUGCUUAAUGGCACAGUUAUCCAGUAUGAUGUGAACGUGUGGAAAACAGGCAGAUAAAGCAGUUUUUCUGCAGAUGUAUAUAUUUUAUCAAGCCAGGAGCUCUGUCACCCAUGACUGUGUUAAUCUUGUGGUCCUGCUACUUUUUCCUUGCUUACCUCUCCCUGUACCUCUUGCAAUCUUUCCUGAACAGUUUGCUUACUUCAGACAGCGAAAAGCAAAGGGCGACGUCGCGCAGCCGCAGAAAAAGGCGGCGAAGAGGAAGGGCUCGGCUGUCCACACGCAUGACCUUCCGAAGGAAGAGCACCCAGUAGCAGCCAGAGGUGCUGGCAAGGGCCUAGAGGGGCAGGCUGAAGACACCAACAUCCCAGAGGCAAGAACAGAAGCACAGGGCAGCACUGAUUUGUCUAGCUGGGAGCCAGUGGAUGAUCAUGCAACUGAAAAAGAUAGGAUGAAUUCUGCUGCAGAAUACAGCGAGGCUGAUGCUCAGAUGUGUCAGGUGAGGAUAGCUGAGCUGGAGAGCAGGCUGCUGGAGAAACAGGAAGCAGUGGAGAAACUCACUGUACAGAUGGAUGAGCUGCAGGACCAACUCACCCAGCACAACGAUUCUAUGCAGCUCCAGGAAAUGACAGUUCAAGAGCAGAAUGAAAUCAUCAGGAAGUUAACAACCUGCCUUCAACAGGCCAGGAAGGACCGGGAUGAGCUACAGGAGGAGGCUUCACACGUGGCUGGUCAGAUCCAUGGUUUACAGCUGCAGUUACAUCAGGUUACUGAGAUGCUGAGGAGUAAAAGUCUCAGGAAAAAUGAAGGAUUAGAAGCCCAGCAGCAAAUGUCCCUGUUCCAGGAUCAUCUCAGAGAGCAAAAUGCACACUUGCAGAUACUGCGUGAGAAAGCACAUCAUCUAGAAGUGCAGCUGGAGUCUUCUCAAAAGGUUCAUGAACGAGAGCACGAUCGGGAAAUCUCUGAGCUGGCUGCUAAACACUCAGAGGAGAUGGAGAAGCUCCGUGCUGAGCUCCAGGAAGAGCAGAAACACCUUUUGGAUGAACUCCAGCAGCAAAUGGCAGCCAUACACAGAGCAGAGCAUGAGCAAGCUCAGCUCCAAUCCCAGACACUGCACAGCCUUGAACUGGAAGCUUUACGCCUGACCUUAAACAAUAUGCACACCUCUCAGCUGGAGCUUACCCAGUCCAACUUGAGGAAAGAGAAGGAGACUGCCCUCAUGGAGCUGCGGGAGAUGCUCAAUGACAAACGUGCUCAGGAGGUAGCAAUUCUGCAAAGCCGCCACCAGCUGGAGUGGGAGAAGGUCAAAGAGCAGUGUCUGAAGGAAAAGGAAGACCUUAAGUCCAAGUAUCAGCAAGAACUAGUUGACCAGAGAAAGAAAAUAGAAUUGGAAAUGGAAGAGACACAUGUCCAGGCAUUAGAGACCCUCAAAAGAGACUGGGAAUUAGAAUCUGAUAGACGUUUAAAAGACAUGUGUGAGGAGCUGUGUGAAAAACAUGAGACUGAGAUGAUUGCACUGCAGAAAUCUCUGGAAAUGGAUUUGGAAAAAGUCAGAGCAGAGCUGGGGCUUCUUUCUGUGGAGAAUGUCCAAUAUAAAAUGAGAUGUAUAGAAUUGGAGAAGCAGCACCAGUUAGCCAUCACAAAAUUACAAGAACAGCUGCAGGCUGAACAUAAUGAGCUCCUAGAAGACAUAAAGAGGAAAAGCCAAGAAAAAGAACAGGAUCUUCAGAAGGAGCUGGACCAACUUCAGGUCGAGCAUGAGCAGCUGAAGGCUCAGUCACAAGAAGAAAUCAGGCAGCUUUGGUCUCAGCUCAACAGUACCCGAGCAAAUCGACAGGAGCUAAGUGAGCUAAAAGAGCAGCUCCUGGCUCGAGCAUCACAGGUAAAAGACAUAGAGUGUUUAAAACAGGAGUUUGAGCAGCAGCUUCAGCAGAGAAACAGGGAGCAUGAAGCUGAAUUGGAACAACUGAGACUUUAUUUUGAAAACAAGUUAAUUGUUGCUGAAGAAAACUACAAAGAAGAAUUGACUUUGUUGCAUCAGAGACAGCAGGAACUGACGGAAUAUUCGCUGUCAGAGAUGGAAAUGAAUCAAGAUCAAGCAGGAGACACCAGGUCUUCUGUCACGCUUUUUGAAGAGACUUCUGAGAAGGAGAGAAGUGUUGCACUUGGUCAGCUAAACCAACAGCUUGAACAACAACAGGAAGAGCUUGCCUGUUUGCAGCUACAACUUACAGAACAACACAGGCAUGAAUUGGAUUCCUUAAGAUCUUCCCUUGAACUUCAGUAUAAAGAAGACCUGAUGAAAAUGCAGAUGGAUCUGUCAGACAAACAUGUGACAGAAAUUGAGGCCAUGAAAAAAAAGCAUUGUUUAGAACUUGAGCAGCUCCAGGCCCAACUUUCAGAAGAACAUUCUAAAGAAAUCACCAAACUGUGUCUCCAGAGUGCUCAAGAUGUAGCACAUCAGGUUGAGAUGGAGGUGGCUGAGCGAGUGUCUGCAUUGGAGGAAGAGCACAAAGCCAAGCUCACUCUCUCCAGCUCUGACAAACAGCAUAUUGCAGAGCUCUCAGAGGAAAUCAGGCAUUUAAAGGAAGAGAUUAUAAAACAAAAAGAGUUUUUUGAGCAAAAUGAAAAGCAUCUGAAAGAAGAAAUGGAAAAGGUAAAAUAUAAAAUUGCUGAGGAUCACAAAAAUGAAUUAAGAGAAGAAGUCCAGAAAAUAGAGAAUAUGUAUAAAGAAAAAGAGAAGAAAUGGCAAUGUGAAAGUGAGGCCCAGAGAAUCCUAGCAGAAGACAAGUUAGCACUGUUGCAAAUAGAACUGCAAACCAGAGCAGAAUCUGAGAAGCAGAACUUAGAAAAACAGUUUGAACUCCGUGAAGCUGAAAUGAUUCAACUUCAAGGUCACCAAGCUGCCAAAAUUCUCGAGCUGGAGAAGCUGGUGAAGGAGCAGCAAAACAACUUGCAGCAGUUGGAGGACAGCCUUGCAGGUGCCCAGGCUGUGCAGAAAGCUCAGCAGCAAUAUGAAGCUGACCUGGAGGCAGCCAAAACCCUCAUGGCAAAAGAAAUGGACAAGGCCACCCUCUGCCUGCAGGAAGAAUGUGCACUGAAACUCCUGGAAGCACAAAACAAGUUUAUGGAGGAGCACAAAGCAAUGACUCAGAAAUUCACAACUGAGCAAGAGAUUCUUCUCCAAAAGCUGAAAAAGCAACAUGUGGAUGAGCUGGAACUCCAAAGUCAGCAGUUACAGGAGAAGCAUAAGCAGCAGAUUUUGUCUCUGACAGCUGAUUUUCAGGCAAAACACCAAGCUGAAAUUGAGACACUUAAAUCUACAUUGGAAAGUAAACACCAGAUUCAGCUUGAAAGUUGUGUUGCUGAGCUACAGGCAAAGCAUCAGGCCCAAAUCGAUGAGCUGGAGAUAAAACACUUAUCAAAUCUGGAUUCCUUGGAGUCUUCCUACCUAUCUGAAAUCCAGACUGUAAGAGAUGAGCACAGUCAGGCUCUGGAGAAGCUACAGCUGCAGCACAGGGAGCAGCUCCAAGAGCAGGAGAAAAUGCAUCAGGCACAACUGCUUCAGGAGAUUGAGAUGCUGAAAUUAAAGCAUGCUGAAGAACUUCAGCUUUCCCUAAAUAAUUUGAGAAUUGAGCUAGCUACUGUUAAUAUGGAGAAACUUAAAACCAUGGCUCUUGAGGCAGAAGAAGCUCAUAAGGAUGAUGUGAACACUGCUCUUCGAAAUCAAAGGCAGUUGCUGGAAGAAGAAAAACGUCUGGCUCUGGAUCUGUUACGUGAGGAAGUGUUGCAGAUGGAGCAAAAGCACAGGAAAGCACUCCAAGAGCUUCAGGAGCUUCAUGAGGCAGAUAUUAGGAAACAUAAGGAACAGUACUCCAGGGAGUUGGAAGAACAGCUGGGGAAACUAAAAGCACAGCAUGAACGUGAGCAAGAGCUGUAUGCUUCUGCAUCAGCUUCUGAAGUAGAAUCUGUGAGAAGAGCUCUUCUGUCUCAAUUUGAGGAGGUAAAAUUGAAGCAGCAGCUUCAGUUCCAGGAGGAGAUUGAGCUGUUGAAGUGUCAGUCAGAGGUGCUGCUGGAACAGCAGAUUGCACAGCUGAAGGAUGAAUUUGAAGCUGAAAAGAAGGCAUCACUACAUGACAAGGAGCAGAUGUUGAUUCAGGAGAGGGAGAAGGCACAGGCUGCUCAGCAAAAGGAACAAGAAAUGUUAUCAGCCCUGCUGCAGGAAAGGGCAGCAAUCAUUAGCCAGCUGGAAAAGGAAGUAGCAUCUUUAAAGCAUGAAAUAGGGGAGACCAACUCUGAACUGAAGACACUCCUUCAGUGGCAGGACAAGGAAAACCAAGGAGGAGGAAAUUUGGUAGCUCUGUUGAGGUCUGAUAUUGAGCAGUCCAAGGAGGAAAGGGAAAAACUUCGUGAAUCUUAUCAUCAUGUUUUGAAACUGCUUAUGGAAGUGGUGAAGACAACAAUAGUUAUUGAGGACCUUAUCUGUAGCAAGAUUGGUCUUUGCCUUGAUGACAGUGUGGCUUCUGGAGAUUCUAAAGAAACUCGGAGUAUUAUGGAAGAAAUGGGAUUCAUGCAGUGUUUUAAAGCCAAAGAAAACCAUCACCUAGAAAAAGCUUCCUUUUAUUCAGUAGAAGAGCUGCUUGAUGAAACUCUCACAGAAUACAACCAGCUGUCUCCAGGAGAUGAUGAGGUGUCUGAGUUGAGCCAGUACUUCUGUGAAAGUGUUCUUGCAAAGCCAGAAUUGGCAUGUGAAAGUGAAGAAACCAUACUGAAAAUUUGUCAUCGCUUGCGCACUGCAGUGGAGAGACUUCUGGAACUGGUUACAGAGUCAACUAAACAACUGGAGAAGAUGCACGAGAACCACGCGCAGUUUGAGGAGGAGUUCAGCCGGCGUAAUCGGGAGACUGCCCAGGUGGUGAGCCAGCACCAGGAGCUGAUGGAGUGCCUCAGUGAGGAGAGUGAGGCCAAGAACCAGCUGGCCCUAGAGCUUCACAAGGCAGAGGGCAUUAUUGAAGGCUAUGUUGCAGAAAAAGCUGCAUUAGAAGAGGCCUUAAACCUGAAAGAGGAAUCUGAGCGUCGCCUUGUUGUGGAGCUGGAGAACCUGCGGGAGCGUUUCCAGGAGCUCACCCAGGAGCAAGCAAUCCUUGGUCUACUCAAGGAAGUAGAAUUUUUGUCCAAGGAGAAACUGGAGCUUCAGUGUCAGGCAGAAAAGGACCAUUCCAAUUUACGCUCUCAGAUGAAGGUUUUGGAGGUGGAACUGGAAGAGCAGCUGCGCAGUAACCAGGACCUGACUACAAAGUUACUGGAGGUUGCUGAGUUAAAACAGCAAAUUGAAGUUCUUGAAAAACAGCUUAAAAACCAGCGGCAGUUCAUGGAUGAACAAGCCAUAGAAAGGGAACAUGAACGUGAUGAUUUCCAGCAGGAAAUUCAGAAAUUGGAAGAACAGUUAAAACUGUCAGCAAAAUCACAAACUUCAGGACAGUCCAGAGAGCAAAGGAACUAUGAAUUGAUUCUACAGGUAGAAUCUCUGCAAGCAGAAAUGAAAGAGAAGAUGGAUGAUUACAAUAAACUGUUACUAGAAAAGGAGAGAAAACAGCAGGAAAUUGCAGCUCGUGAUAAAGAGAUAGAAAACCUGGUGGCACAGAUCCAAGAGCUGAAGCUCAGUGGUGCUGAGGUCUCAAAGACUGUACACAGCUUGGAACAACAGCUGCAGAAAAUGAAGAAAGUGGAAACUGAGCUGAAACAGGAUAAAGAGGCAUUGCAGCAGCAGCAGUACAACAACCUGAUCCAGAUCUCUGCCCUGCAGUCUAAAGUGGAUGAAGCGAGGCACCGAGUGCCAGUGGAUGGCAGCUCUGCCCCGGUGCUGAAGGAGCAGCUGCAGGCAGAGCAGGAAGCACUUCAGGCCAAGGAGAGAGAGAUUGCAAGCUUGCUAGAACAAGUAGAACAAUGUAAAGAGAACUUGAACAAGAAAGAUGAGGAGAUAUUGCAGCUGAACUUGCAGUUAGAGAUACAAAAAAACUUGAGUACAUCCAACAUCAUCCAGCUUCAGGCAGAGAAUGCACACUUGCAGGAGGAUCUAACAAAACUUCAUGUAAAGCAAAGCCAGGACCUGGGUAUUAGUGAUUCCUCAGCUUUGUCAUUCCCACAAGCACUGCUUGAAGAAAAGAAUCAAGAAAUCGAUCACUUGAAUGAGCAGAUAAAGAGACUUGAGCAUGAGCUGCAGAAUGCUCUGGAGAAUCAAGUUGCAGAAGACCAAAAACCUGAAAUUGAAGAACUCAGAUCACUGGUGGAGCACCUGCGCCUGGACCAGGAGAGGCUGCGUAAGGACAAGGAUGAAGAGGUGGAGCAGCUCCAUGGAGUAAUUGAGAAGCUUCAAAAAGAGCUGGCACAAUUUGGACCAGUAUGUCAUGAAGAUAGUGACAACCAAGUUUAUUUCUAUGAAGUUGCAUUGGACAAGUCAGUGGAAAACCUUCAGAACGAGUUGAAGAAGGGACUGGUAGCUUGCCAAGGUGAUGCUGAUCCAAACAGAAGAAACACAUCAGUACUCUCCCAAGUGAGAGAACUUCAGGAGGAACUGGAGCUUGUCUCAGCUUCUAAAGAAGCUCUGCAGCAGCAACUGGAAAAAACGGAAUUGCAGCUCAAAACGGAAGUGGAAAUUUUGGAGAAAAAAUGCCAACAGUUGCAAGAGUCAUCAGAGCAGUCUCUUGCAGAGCUCACCUCCCUGAGAGCCCAGCACCAGACACUUCAGGAAGAAUACAGCCUUUCCCAAACUCGUUUGUCUCAGAGAGAGGCUGAGACAAACAUAACUACAUCUCGAGUUCAAGAACUUGAAGAUAAGGUGAGAGAAAGGGAAGCGAAUAUUCUAGAGAAAGAGAUGCAAAUUAAGACAAUGGCAGAUCAAAGAGAAGCUGACACAACUGAGCUGCAGUACUUAACAGAAAAGACAGCAGAGCUCCAAACGGAGCUGGAAAAGAGAGGUGCGAGUCAGGCACAGGACAUUUACAGUCUUCAAUUAGAAGUUUCUAGACUUGAUUCCGAGGUGCAAGCACUGAAUCAGAAAGAAGUAGCUUAUCUGAGAGAAAUCAAGGAACUGCAAGGGAGCACUGCAAAACUGAAAGGUGAAAUCCAAGUCCAUCUGAAAGAGCUCGAAGCCUUACGAAUGGAAAGAGCCGAAAUUCUUUCACAGCUGGAGUCUUGCAAGCUGGUGGAGCAAGUAGGUCAUGAAGAGACUCAAUUUCUCAAGCCAUUCUGCCAGAGUAAAAGAAAAGAUGUAGCCCUUAAAAAUGGAAUGCAGGAAUUAGAAGCAAAUACUGAUCAGUCAUUUAGAGUAUUGGUUUCCCCUACUGCUAAACUGGAAAAAGAUGAAGUUAUGUUUGACUUGACAGUUCACAAUAAAAAUCCCAAAACACAGAUGAAGCAAUCGCAAGAAAAUAUCUUGUGCCAGGAGUUGGACAUGAUCCACAACUCUGAAGAGGAUCAAGAUUUGGAAAAGCAUUGCCAGCAAAUUCAUCAAACCCCUGAUGCACCAAAACAUGAUUUGAGCGUGGACAAAAAGACUCCAAAAGAUUUCCAGAAUUUAAUUGCAAGUAUGUCUUCGUGGGGCUCGCCUGAGAUCAUGAGAAAGCAGGAAACAAGCAUGGAACUUCAACCAGUGCUUCACCUGACACCCUUCUCAGAAGCUGAAAACACAGAUUUUCAAAUGGUGCACACAAGGUCAUCCCUGCAAGGAGAUAAUUCCAUAUCCCUGGGAUAUUCUAACCUGGAUGAACAUGGCAGUGGGGAUGCAGCAGUGGGAGUAGAUAGAAAAUCUCCAGUUUUCUCUGAAAGUACCUAUUCUAUUGAUGAUGAUGAAGAUAUGGAGAAGUUUCUGCAGAUGAGAGAAGCUGAUAAUCUGACUUUAACCCCUUCGGAUUUACAAGAUGAUGAAAGAUCAAGAGCAUCUGAAGUUAGUGAUGGAUGUGGCAGCAAUACCAGCUCAAAUUUGGCAGCUAAUCUAAAGCAGGAGCUACAAACAUCAGAUCACCUAGAUGCCAAUGUCAUGGCUUAUCUGCGAUACCGGGCAAUGAUUCCAGAUAUUAUGGAAUCCAUGAAAGAAAAGGAAAUACUUUCACCACAGAUGAAGACUGUGCUGAAGAUGGUGUAUGAGGAGAGCCGUAAAAUACUGGCUUUGUCAGAGCACCCCUUUGGUUUUAGGGAGCUGAAGAAUGUCCCCCAGACCCGAGUGGCAAUGGAGGGCUGGCAGAAGGAGGCAUUAUCCCUGCUGGAUGCCAUCCAAUCACUGAAGGAUUACCUCAGCAAGGUGGCAGAUAGAGGAGACAAGGAAACAUCAGGUGUUGCUGACUGGAGAGGAGAACUUCUGCAAGCAGUACAGAGUGUGUUUGAGAAGGAGAGAAAUGUGAUGCAAAUUGACUUGAAGUCUCACUUCUCCAAUGCUGCAUCUGGUGACAUGAGUUCAUUAGGGGAAAAGCUGGAGUAUAUAAUGAAACAACAAGAGGAGCAGAGGCAGAUGGUUGUGGAGCACCUCUUCUCCUCAGACCGCAGUAGCCUGCUCUCAGAAAUCCAGGACCUCCGAGCUCAGCUCCGCAUGACACAUCUCCAGAACCAGGAGAAGCUCCAGCAGCUGCAGGAAACCCUCACCAAGGCUGAAGAUCAUGGCAACAAACAGGAGCACCAGCUCCGGAGGAAAGUUGAAUUAUUGGAAUAUAAGCUUCAGCAGGAAAAAUCUAUUGUAAGUGACUUGCACAGCACCCUCUCUGAGGAGCAGAAAAGAGCCUCUGAAACACGUGAUCUCCUGAAUCAAGAAAAUGCUUCCCUGAAAUCAGAGCUUUCUGCAAGUAAGCAAGAGAAUGAAAGGUUGCAGAAAUCCCUGGAAGAGCUUCAGAGGGAAACAAAUCAUUUACGUGCUGAACUGGAAAAAAAAGAAAAGGAUUUGCAAUCUGCACUUGAAGACUUUCAGGCUGAGCAGCUGAAGGCAUUUGAGCUGCGAGGUUGGUUUGAGGAACAGCAGCGUCAGCAGAGGAAAGCAGAGGAUGAAAAGACCAAGGCCAUGGAGGAGCUGCAGGCUGCCCUGGAUGUGCAGUCAGUGCAGAAUUGCCAGCUGGUCGUGUCCUUGGAGCACGAGAGGACAGUGACAGACAACCUCCGCAAGGAGCUGCAGAUCGAGCACUCCCGCUGCGAAGCCCUGCUGUCCCAGGAGCAGAGCAAACUGAGGGAGCUGCAGAAAAACCUGGAUGCUGAGAAAAACCGUUCCUUGGAGCUCCUGGAUUCCUUGAAUCAUGAGCGUGUUUUGACAGAGCAGCUGACGGUGAGAGUGAAGGAAGGUGCUUCCUGUCAGCACAGGGAGUCGCUGCUGGAACAAGCCUUCAUCAGAGAGCUCCAGGCCCAGCUGGAAGAGGAGAGGGCCCGAACUAUGGAGCUUGCUGCUGUUAUUGAGAAAAUGCACCAGAAGGCCAUGGUGUCCAAAAGGCAGCUGGAGGCUGAGGUACAGAUGUGCUGUGAGGAAACCCAAAAGGAGAGGGAGGCCAGUGACAAACUGCGAGCCACCCUGGAGUCUCUUCAGGCACAAAAGCAAGAGGUGAUCCGUUCCUUGGAGGCCCAGAAGGAGAGAGAGCUCAAGCUGAAAGCUGACUGGGAACAACUGCAGUCACUCUUCAAGCUGCUUAAAGAGCAAGAUCAGAACAGGAAGGAGGAGAGGGAGAGAGAGCGGAAACAGCAGCAACAGACAGAGCUACAGAAACAGAAGGACUGGCAGAAAGAUCAGGACAGACUGCAAAACUUGGAACGGCAACACCAAAGGGAUGAACAAAGAAUUAAAGAACUGCAGGAAAUACUGGCAAUAUUAAAAGAAAGAGAAAGAAAUCCUCCAGCUCCAAAUUGUCAGGAGGAACUCCUGUGUACCUCAAGCAAAGAUGGAAGUGCCACACAGCCUGUGACAAAAGAAACUGAAAAACCCCACUUGCAACAGCAGCAACAACAUCUGGAGAAGAUAAGGCAGCAGUUGCUCUUUGUGGCUGGGCACCUGAAUGAGUUCAUAUAUAAAACUCUAGAUAAGACGGUUAACGAUUGGUCUGCAUCAAAUGAAGAAGCUGUAGCCUCUUUACUGCAGACAUUAAGGGAACUAAAAUCAGAUUUGUCUCCUCCUACAUCUCAGAUGAGAUCUACAGGUGAUGCUGACCCUGUUCAAGAGCUGGAAAGAGAAGCUUGGCAACGAGAGAGGAACAUGCUGCAGAACAUGCUGAAACAGGCACAAUCCCAGCUGGCUAAAGCCAAUGCUGAAAUUGAAAACAAACCAGUGGCAGAAACUUCCAAUCCUAAGUUGCAGAGAUUAUAUCGAAAGUACAUUCGAGCAGAGAGCUUUAGAAAGGCUCUAGUUUAUCAGAAGAAAUACCUCUUGCUGCUGCUUGGUGGGUUUCAGGACUGUGAGCAAGCAACUCUGUCUCUGAUUGCCCGCAUGGGAAUCUACCCUUCCCCUGCAGACCUGCAGCUCUCUGGAUCACACUCCCGGCCUUUCACCAAGUUCAGGUGUGCAGUCAGAGCCAUCAUUGCCAUCUCAAGGUUAAAGUUUUUGGUGAAGAAGUGGAACAGAGUUGGCAGGAAGAGCACACAGGGUGAAAGCAUCUCUCACAGUAUAGGAGGUAACACAGCCUCUGGUGCUAGAACAGAAGUCCUGAAAGAGCAGCAGCCCCCAGCUGUUCCUGUCAGCUCUCCCCCUACCCAGGACAGGGACACAGGGCUGUGUCACAGAACCAGCCGUGCUGCAAGAUUCGUGAACCUCUCCCCUCGAUCCUCGUCCCGCUCACACAACAGAUUGCAUCCGUCCCCAAGUUCAGCUCCAGGAAAGUCCCUUGUGCCACCUCAGGAUCCUGAGCAGUCACUCACAGAAUAUAUCCAUCGAUUGGAGAUGAUUCAGCAAAGGCUGCAAGGGGUGCAGCCAGGGCAAGUGCUAGCUUCACCUCAUCAGAGAAACCUAAAAAAGUGAUGGGAACGCUUAUGAAAUCUGUCCUGCAAGUUCCUGCUUCCUCUGAGUUGGUCCUCACUCGACAGAGGCACUUGCAAUCUCCCGUGCAACUGAAUAAAGGGCAGUGCUUUUACAGCAGAUUUUUAUAUGACUCUUUUUAUUAUAUUUUAGUACUUUAAGAGGGACUUACUUUUCACUAAGAACAAUGUUUUACAUUCUCAUGUGAAAUUAAGUCAACAGCUGAAGUGUGCCUGCAUCGCUGUAUUGUAAACUGCAAAAAGUCUGUGGUGUUUAUUUUUCUAUAGUGUAUAGGUGGAUUCCUUGUAAAAAAAGUUAUUAAAAUGGCAUUUUAUUAGUGAA